AGUACCUGCAGGGGCUCGGUCGCGCCUGGGCGCUGCGAUAAGGCGGGCGGCGGUGAGGGCCGCGUGGCGCUGCCGGGAGGCUCCGCGUCAGGAGGCCUCAGCGCCGCCACCCGGGACCGGGGCCGGGGACCCAGGCUGGGGGCCGGGCCAGGGCGGGGCGCGCCGUGUCACGCCCGCCUCCCUCCCGGGGCCAGGGCCGCUAAAAUGGCGGCGGCGGCGGCGGCGAUAGCGUCCCGCACCGGGCCCGGGGGCCUGGUCGCCGCGCCGGGGCCCCGCUAGCACUUUCCUGGGCGUCCGCGUCCCGGCCGCGUCCUGGCCUCUGGGGCGCUCGCACGCGGCCCCCGGGGCCCUCGGUCCGCCCUCCCGGCGCGCCCAUGAACUCCGUGUCGCCGGCCGCCGCUCAGUACCGGAGCGGGAGUCCGGAGGACGCGCGCCGCCCGGAGGGCCGCAGGCCGCGGGGACCCCGAACCCCGGACCCCAACGGCCUGGGGCCCUCCGGAGCUAGCGGCCCCGCUCUUGCAUCGCCCGGGACCGGCCCCGGAGAGCCGGACGAAGUGGACAAGUUUAAGGCGAAGUUCCUGACCGCUUGGAACAACGUCAAGUACGGCUGGGCAGUCAAAAGCCGGACCAGCUUUAGCAAGAUCUCCAGUGUCCAUCUCUGUGGCCGCCGCUACCGCUUUGAGGGCGAGGGUGACAUCCAGCGUUUCCAGCGGGACUUUGUAUCCCGUCUAUGGCUCACAUACCGCCGGGACUUCCCACCCCUCGCAGGAGGCACCCUGACCUCAGACUGUGGCUGGGGGUGCAUGUUACGAAGUGGCCAGAUGAUGCUGGCUCAGGGCCUUCUGCUUCAUCUCCUGCCCAGAGACUGGACGUGGUCCCAGGGCGCAGGCCUGGGCCCAGCCGAGCCGCCGGGGUUGGGCUCUCCCAGCCGGUGCCGGGGGCCCGCCCGGCGGCUGCCUCCACGCUGGGCCCAGGCCCCUGAGCUGGAGCAGGAGCGCCGGCACCGGCAGAUUGUGUCCUGGUUCGCUGAUCACCCCCGGGCCCCCUUCGGCCUACACCGGCUGGUGGAGCUGGGGCAGGGCUCGGGCAAGAAGGCAGGCGACUGGUAUGGGCCGUCACUGGUGGCACACAUACUCAGGAAAGCGGUGGAGAACUGCUCAGAGGUCACCCGCCUGGUGGUGUACGUCUCUCAGGACUGCACAGUAUACAAGGCGGACGUGGCACGCCUGGUGGCUCGGUCAGACCCCACGGCCGAAUGGAAGUCCGUGGUCAUCCUGGUACCAGUGCGGCUUGGUGGAGAAACUCUCAACCCCGUGUAUGUGCCCUGCGUGAAGGAGCUCCUUCGUUCAGAGCUGUGCCUGGGCAUUAUGGGGGGCAAGCCCCGCCACUCGCUGUACUUCAUCGGCUACCAGGAUGACUUCCUGCUCUACCUGGACCCACACUACUGCCAGCCCACCGUGGAUGUCAGCCAGGCCGACUUCCCCCUGGAGUCCUUCCACUGCACCUCACCCCGCAAGAUGGCCUUUGCCAAGAUGGACCCGAGCUGUACCGUGGGCUUCUAUGCUGGAGACAGAAAGGAGUUUGAGACGCUCUGCUCAGAGCUGACCAGGGUCCUCAGCUCCUCCUCAGCCACAGAACGAUACCCCAUGUUCACCCUGGUCGAGGGCCACGCUCAGGACCACAGCCUGGAUGACCUCUGCUCCCCGCCCUCCCAGCAGACACUACGGCUCCCUCGCAGUGGCCGGCUCCUCAAGGCUAAACGCCCAAGCUCUGAGGACUUUGUGUUUUUAUAAAGGGAGGGGAUAAGGGAGAAGACACGACCCUAUUUAUUUUUAACUUAUGUCAUGUUAGGUGUGGGAGCUUGAACUCCCCCCUGACAAGUGCAGCUGAGAGAGACCAGUCCAGGAAGCCUCAGGGCUGGGGCUGUUCAGCCAGGAACAGAGCCCGCACACCUGCCUCCCACCAGCUGGGCCCUCCUCAUGGGGCAGGGAGGGAGGCCCCCGGGCACCCACUCAGGGCCUGACUCCGUACUGUAGUUUGCACUGGACCGUCCAUGCCCCUCACUGGUCACAAAGCCCCUAUCCUGCCAAGAGCUGGUGAGAGGGAGGAGGGGCUGUGGCCGCUGGGGGGUAAUAAAGCCGUUUGACUUGA